UGCCUGGAACCACACUGCCUGAGCGUACUCUAAGUGACGUCUUACUAGUGCCUGGAACCACACUGCCUGAGCGUACUCUAAGUGAGGUCUUACUAGUGCCUGGAACCACACUGCCUGAGCGUACUCUAAGUGAGAUCUUACUAGUGCCUGGAACCACACCGCCUGAGCGUACUCUAAGUGAGGUCUUACUAGUGCCUGGAAUCACACUGCCUGAGUGUACUCUAAGUGAGGUCUUACGAGUGCCUGGAAUAAAUAUCUAAAACUAACCUCGUCCAAGUAGCGGUAUGUUCUCCUAAUUAGCCCCAUGAUGCUGUUUGCUUUGUUGACCUGCUGUUGAAUAUGCUUUCCAAAGUUGAGAUGGCUGUCAACUAACGCACCAAGGUCUUUUUCGCCUUCAGAGUGUUCUAACUCUACUUCCUCACCAUUUUGACUGUAUAGAUGUAACAAGAAUGCCCAAAUCAAAGGAAUUCAUUUCAUCGUCAGAAUCAGAUUCAGAUGAGCCAAAGCCUAAGAAGAAAAAGAGGAAGGAAACAGAAGUGAAGGAAAAGUCAGAAUCUUCACAAAGUGCUGAUAAAAAGGUCACAAAAGGAGCAAACGGAGAGCAGAUGUUUCAGCUUUCCAAGAUGCGGUUUGUGAGUGUCAGUGAGUUUCGGGGUAAGGUUUUAGUGGGAAUAAGGGAGUACUAUGAAGCAGAUGGAGAUCUCCGUCCAGGCAAAAAAGGUAUAUCUCUGUCAUUAGAACAAUGGAAUAAUCUCAAGGAUCAAAUGGAGGAGAUCGACCGGGCAGUGAAGGGUGUGUGAGCAUCAUACAUUCAGUUGGACUGGAAUCAUAUACACAUAAGAUCUUAUAACGGAAUGUAAUGACUAUGUAUCUCUAGGUGCUAUAGUAAUGCUAAUGAUUUUGAGAACAGAGAAUAGACCGUGUGAAUGGAAUCUUGUAGUAUUGUAUUGGUGCAAAUAGAAAGAUGAAAGUAAGUGUUGUGGAGCUAAAACAGAAAUGAAUUAAUACAGUAAUGAGUGAAAGACUGGUUAUGAUGCAAGGAAAAUUGGACACUCUAAUGUUUGAGGAUAAUUCAGUUUAUUGUAAUUACUUAAAUUUUGUUACAUUUGCAGUGAUCAAUUGACAAUUUAUUUUAACAAGCCUCUUUGCUUUCAAUUUUGUUGUUGAAAACAAUGGGUCCCUCAAUGUAAGAUUUAAGCAUUUUUGAAAAUUCUUUUGAGUUAGCUAAACAUCCUGUGAGUACAAGAUUCAGGACAUGUAGAUUUACCACUGUAUUUGUAUCAAUGUAUUUUUGUUACAUUAUCUUUUGUUAUCACAUGCCUGUAAUAUUACUUAGUAGAGCUUUGGCUGAAGGUUCCUGUUGCUUCCAUUGUGACAUCAUAACUACAUGUGAUAAACAGAAUCUUAUAAUCAUUUUCAUUUCAAAUUUAAUUUAUGAAGUUCAACCAAAAAGUUGUCAUUUUUAUACGCCACAGGAGGCCGUUGUAUAUUGGCGUCAUCUUCUCCGUCUGUCCGUAUGUCUGUCCGUACGUCCAUUUCUUGUGAAGGCAACUCCUCCUAAACUAAUCAUCAGAUGGGUAGAUGUGCAUGAAAGGGCGAUUUUUUGGUUCAUUGAUUUUUGUAUGAUUUAUGCCAUUUUCAACUUUGUAUCUGUAGCUUGCUCAUAGUGGAGCCUUGUGAAUGCAACUCCUCCUAAAAUAAUCAUCAAAUUUUCACGAACUUGCACAAUGUUACUUCUACAAUGGGUAGAUGUGCAUGAAGGGGCAAUUUUACAGUUCAUUGAUUUUUGUAAGAUUUAUGAUACAGACAUGUGAAAAGUGAUAAUUAAAAGGACCAAUCUUGAUGUUUAUAUUUUGUGGUGGCGUAUAUUGUGUCCACGGCACUCUUGUUAAACUUAGUCUCUGGAUAAGUAAAAAGUGACAAAUUUUAAGACUUGUUUGAUAAAUAUCAUAUGAAAAGGAAACCAAGGUAAGAUCCUCUGUAUCUUAUUUUUUCUCCAACAUAACCAGAGAUACUUUGUUAGAUAUUGAUUGAAUAUUAAUUGAUGCUUAAAGAUUUUGCCAUGUAAACUGCAUUUUGCAUGUCAACCUAAUUGAUAGGGAUGGGUUAAAGACUCGAGGCCUAGCUACCAGUGGAUAAAACGAUGGAAAGUUUAUCACAGCUACACUGUAGUUACUGGAUUAAUAUAUAUAGGAUAGGAAUUAAGGGUUUGAAAAUUUAAAAGAAACAAAAUUUUAUGAGGAUCAAGUCAAAUGGAAGAAUUCUUUUAUAUCAAUAACUACUUCUUCGAAGUGAGAAAGUAAAUUUCCAUUUUUACUGUAAUUCAAAAUGCUUUAUGUGUUCAUAUGUAUUAAAAAAAAUCAUUUGAAUUUGAAAAAAAAAUUUGUAUCACUUUACAAGUUAUAUUUUUUUGUGGUGUUAUUUUAAUGCAUUUAUUUCUCAUCUACAUACCUAAUAAUUUCUGAUUGGAAAUAUGAAUAGAUAUUGAGUCAGGCAGUCUGUAAGUUUCAGUUCAUGUUUUGUAACUUAAAAAUAGAUGGUUGUUCAAUGUCU